AAUUUCAAUUUCUAUCAAUACUGAAAAAUCACUUUCCCUCUCUUCUAUAUAUUUUCAGUAAAUUUCUUGUGACCAGUAAAAGAAAAAAUGGGGGCCAUGACUUGCAUAGACAUCCUUUUGGCCAUCAUCUUGCCUCCCCUUGGUGUCUUCUUCAAGUUUGGUUGCAAGAGUGAAUUUUGGAUCUGUUGUUUGCUGACUCUCUUCGGAUGGCUGCCUGGUAUUAUCUAUGCUAUUUGGGUCCUUACUAAUCAUCUUUCCCCCACAUGAUAUCAAGUUGCUGGUGCCUAUGAAUCAAGAUUUGGUACUUAUAAAGUUGUAAUUCCUCCUCCAUCCUUUUUUUUUUUUUGGAAUUUUUGUGAAUCUUGUGUGCUUCAGUACAGAAAUCUGGAUAGGGUAUUGAUACUGUCAUGUAUUAGGAUUUCUAAUGUUUAUUAUAUUGGUAGUAUGUUUUAAUAGUAAUGUGAUUCAAAGUUUGUGAUAUAUGUAUCAAGAGCUAUUAGCACAGUUGAUGCUAUAUAUAUAUAUUAACAAGUUGGUGAUAUUAUU